UAUAUUAUCCAACGAAUUCGCAAUUUUCAAGGUUUUUUCACUCAAAAUUUUUUUUCAUUUGAGUUCCUGGUUUUUUUUCGAAUUGGUGUGUUGUUUAUCAUUUACUACCUCUUUUAUUAAUCGUUAAUAUUAUAUCAUCAAAAAAAAGCCAAUAACAUCAAAAACAAAAUGGCAAUCUGUGCCCGUUGCAGCAAAUCUGUAUAUUUUAACGAAGAAAAAAAAGCAAUUGGAAAAAGUUUCCAUAAUUCUUGUUUCGUAUGUGCCAAUAAAGAAUGUAAACGAAGAUUGGACACUGGGAGUUUAACCGAACAUGAUGCCGAAAUAUAUUGUAAACAAUGUUAUGGCCGUUUGUUUGGACCAAAAGGAUAUGGUUAUGGUCAGGGUUCUGGAACAUUAUCUAUGUUCACUGGAGAGAAAUGUACUAAUGAACCGCCAACUUCAAACAUUCCUUCGACUGCUCAGGCAUUUGUCGCUCCAAAAAAAGCAGCUCCCAUUUCACAAAGCAAUGGUGGUGGUGGAAAAUUCAAAUUCGGUGGUGCAGAUAUUUGUCCGCGUUGUAGCAAAGCCGUUUAUAUGGCCGAAAAAAUGAUGGGAGGUGGUUAUGCAUGGCAUAAAAGUACUUGUUUCACCUGUAAAGAAUGCAAUAAACGUUUGGAUACAACCACUCUUUGUGAACGUGAAAAUGAAAUCUUUUGUAAAAAUUGUUAUGCCAAACUUUAUGGCCCAAAAUAUUAUGGUCAUGGUCAUAUAACGGCACCAAUAGAGGCAGCUGCAACCGAUAGUCAACCCGUUUGAAUAAUGGAUUUCAAUACUAUAUAUAACGAGAGAUAAAGUGGGAAAAAUCCUAUCAAAUGGAUGUUCACAACAA